GGCCGGGUGUCCCCGAUGCGCGGCCGCGCCUGGGCGGGUGCUGUGCUCGUCCUCGGGGCGCAGCUCCCAGCACUUUGGCUGGCAGCAGCAGUGGAAGUUUACACCUCGGAGGAGGUGGUUGCUGUGAACGGCACAAACCAGCGGCUCAAAUGCACCUUCUCCAGCAGCAGCCCCGUCAGCCCCCAGCUCUCAGUGACCUGGAACUUCCAGCCCGAGGACCUGAGCUCCCACGAGCCCGUGUUUUACUACCUGAAGGAGCCCUACAAGCCGACCUCGGGGCGGUUCAAGGACCGGGUCACCUGGGAUGGGAACGUGGAGCGUAAGGACGUGUCCAUCAUCAUCUGGAACCUGCAGCCCACCGACAACGGCACCUUCACCUGCCAGGUGACCAACUGGCCAGAUGUUUAUGGCUCCAUCGGGGAAGUGCGACUCCGGGUCGUGCAGAAAGUGAGUUUCUCAGAAAUCCAUUUCCUGGCCGUGGCCAUCGGAUCUGCUUCUGUCCUGAUGAUCGUGGUGGUGUUAGCUGUGAUUAUCUGUCGACAGCGACGCCAGAAAGCGCAGGAGAAGAGGACUGGGGCGUCAGACACUGAACUUAAAGAAAAGGAGAGCCUGAAGAUGAGAGAAGAAAAAGAAACCAGUCCAUUAGAAGACUAAAGGUCUAAUUGGUGUAUACAAUGCAGGUACUUCCAAAGCAGAUGGUGAAAGCUUGUAAUUUGGGUCGUUAGAACAAAGGCAAAUUACAGACGCCCCACGCUGUGAGUGUGGUACCUCUGCUCCACCUGAAAGUCUGGCAAGGAAAGAGGGUGACACUGCACGAGUUGUGAAUUCCCUUCAGCAAAGCAAAGCAGGAGGAACUUGCCCCACGAACGAGGAACUUCACCUUCACACCCGCGGAAUGUGAAGAAAGUUGCUCUGGAGAUGAAAAAAUGCCAAAAGAUUUGAACAAAGCACCAAGAUGUCUGACUGAGCGAGGAUUUGGAAGUGUUUGAGCAGAUGCACUCUUGCACCUUAAAAAUCACAACGUGCCUUUGUGUUGCCCUGUUUUUCCUCCCCUGAGAUCCUCCCUGGCAUCACGAAAACAGAGACUGACCGGAGAGGGAGCAGAGGAGCAGCCAGUUGCUUCAA